GUAAGCAUCGUGAGACAUUGUAACACUAAUUGUAACACGAUUAUGAGUAACUGUUUUAUGUCGGGAACACGUGCACGUAAUUAAGCUCAUAAACGUAUUUUCGGUUAAUCCUCAGUUUUAGGUUCAUAAUUUGAUUGUUGAAAACUUGAUUUUUUCACACUAAAUUCGUUAUCGAAAAUACUGCUAAACCGUGAUUUAUUAAGUAGGCACAGCUUUAAAAAAUGUAAAAAUCUAUAAGACGUUACAUCUAAAUGAAAUGGAAUUAUCGAGCGCAAUCUAGUUAUCGGAACUACAAUCCAAUCACAUGGCUCUGGUUUCACGACCAAGUGAAGCUCGUGACGCUUCGUUCACUUAUGUGAUGAGAUCUCUUCUACUGUUGCUCUUGAUCGUUCAAGGUAACCAGUGCCUGAGGGACGUGAGGCUGAGGGUCCCUGUGGCAGUACGCUCGGGAGAGAGUCUCCCCCUCAGCUGUGACUUCACCCUCGAGCACGAGCUCCUCUACUCGGUCAAGUUCUACAAGGGUGACACCGAGCUGUACAGGUUCGUCCCUCAGGAGUCGCCGCCCACCCGCGUCUUCCCGCUCGAUGGAGUGAGCGUCGAUAUCUCUCGUUCCAACAGUAGCACUGUGACCCUGACACAUGUAAAUCGCCACAUGACCGGUUUCUACCAGUGUGAGGUCUCAGCCGAUGCUCCAUUCUUCCACACGGGCAUUCAGAAAACUCACGUCACCAUAACAGAGGAACCUUGGGCUCUUCCGGCAGUGAUGACAGAAAAAUCCAGAUACAACAUGGGCGAGAAGAUUCGUGCCAACUGUACUUCCCAAGGAGGUUACCCACCGGCUAAUCUUACAUGGUACAUAAACGGCCAAAAGGUCCUCCACACUCCGACUGUAGCGGUUCUAUAUCAUACGGUACAAGGAGCGCGGACAGAGGAUCCAGAGACCGCAGUGCUGCGGCUAGAGGUGGAAGCCACGCCCCUUCUAUUCCCCGAUGGACGACUGCGCCUGCGCUGUGAAGCUGCGCAGUUCUCGCUGUACCAGCGCAUUGCUCAGCUCGACCUGCUGGAGGACACGCCACGACUUGCACCCGUCUUGGGUCCCACCGCUACACAUCAUGAGGCAAAUGCAGGAAUGACCAUUUGCCUGGACAGUAAUAUUCUUCUCUUCCUUGCAACGCUAUGCGCUAAUGCUUUGAUGCUUACAGAAUGCUUGAAAAGAUAACAAGCCUUAAACGUUCAAGCCUGAAAUACGAAUGAGCAAACGUACAUUGUGCCUGAAUCUUACAUUUAAGUACUUUAAGUACUCAAAAUGUAUUUUCUUUCGUUUCUUUUAUUUCAAUCUUCCUCAUACUAUUGAUAUUUAUGUACAUUGUGAGAUAUGUAUGUAAAUAUAUGGAAGCCUGAACAAGGAUUUAGCUGUAAUAUAUUUGAAAUCUAAAACUUUUAUUUACCUCUUUGUAUAGAUAUAAUCAGAUUAAUUAGAAAUGUUGUUUGUUAUUUUUUGUAAACAUGUUAUAACACUAUAAGUAUUAAAUGCAUGGAUAAGGCAAAUGUAAAUUUAAGUUAAUUGUAAAUUAUA